GAACUCUCCGGCUUCACCCUGGACCAAGUGGCUUUUGAGGACGGCAAGGGGAAGUGUCCGUAUGACCCCACCAAGGGACACACCGGCCUCAUCGUGGAUGGGGAGCUGUACUCGGCCACCUUCAACAACUUCCUGGGCACGGAGCCUGUCAUCCUCCGCAACCUGGGCCCCCACUACUCCAUGAAGACGGAGUAUCUCACCUCCUGGCUGAAUGAACCCCACUUUGUGGCUUCAGCUUACGUGCAGGAGAGCGCAGCCAGCAGCACGGGGGAUGACGACAAGGUUUACUUCUUCUUCAGUGAGCGGGCGGUGGAGUACGACUGCUAUGCCGAGCAGGUGGUGGCACGUGUGGCACGCGUCUGCAAGGGGGAUGUCGGUGGUGCCCGCACACUGCAGAAGAAGUGGACAACCUUCCUGAAGGCUCGCCUGGUGUGCUCGGCGCCCGAGCAGCAGCUCCACUUCAACCGCCUCCAGGCAGUCUUCACCCUGCCGGGGGCUGAUUGGCAGGACACCGCCUUUUUUGGGGUCUUCCAGGCCCGCUGGGGGGACGUGGAUGUUUCGGCUAUUUGCCGGUACCACAUCCUGGAGGUGAAGAAGGCAUUUGAGGGGCCCUACAAGGAAUACCGGGAGCAGGCGCAGAAGUGGGGCCGGUACUCGGAUGAGGUGCCGAGUCCCCGUCCCGGCGCAUGCAUCACCGACUGGCACCGCCAGAACGGCUUUGCCAGUUCCCUCGAGCUGCCCGACAACACCCUCAACUUCGCCAAGAAGCACCCGCUGAUGGAUGAGCCCAUCUUGCCGUCCCACCUGGUCCAGGACGUGCUGAGCUCCGACACCCGUGCCUGCACCCUGCCGCAGGUGGCCAAGCAAG